AUGUCGUCGUCCCCGCAGAGCAUAAAGCAGAGAGUCUUUGCAUGCCUCACCAAACUCUCCGACCGCGACACGCAGUCUCUCGCUGCGGUGGAACUCGAAUCCAUCGCUCGGUGCCUCGACGCAGCAACCUUGCCGGCGUUCCUCUCGUGUAUGUACUCCACUGACGCCUCCGACAAGCCACCGGUCCGAAAGCAAUGCGUGCAGCUCCUAGGGUUCCUUGCGGAGACUCACGGGAACAUCCUUGCGCCAUACUUGUCUAAAAUUCUCGGCAGCGUCGUGCGGAGGCUCCGCGACGCGGACUCUUCGGUGCGAUCUGCGUGCGUGACUUCGGUUGCGGCAUUGUCGCAUCACGUCAGCAGGCAGCCCUUGCAUUCGUUCUUGAAGCCGUUGGCGGAGGCGCUGUUCACGGAGCAGGACCAGAACGCGCAGGUUGGCGCGGCGCUGUGUCUCGCCGCCGCGAUCAACGGAGCUCCGGAUCCGGAUCCUGCCCGGCUGGCGAAGCUCCUGCCGAGGUUCGAGAAGCUACUGAAGCGCGACGGGUUCAAGGCGAAACCUGCGCUGUUGACGCUCGUGGGAAGCGUCGUCGCGGUCCGCGGCGCUUCCGGUCACGCGCCAAUGAAGAGUUUGGUUCCGUGCUUGGUGGAGGCGUUGAGCAACGAUGAUUGGGCCACGCGGAAGGCCGCAGCGGAGACUCUCGUGGUGGUCGCCAGAGUGGAGAGAGAUCUCUUGUCGGAGUUCAAGGCUGAGUGUGUGAGAGUUUUCGAGAAUCGACGGUUUGAUAAGGUAAAGUUAGUUCGGGACGUUAUGAAUCAGAUGUUGGAAGCGUGGAAGCAGAUUCCUGAUGUUUCGGAUGAAGUUUCGCCACCUCCUAAAUCCCAAUCUUCUUCUAAAGAGAAUGCAAGUGAUGGACGCCAUCCUGCUGUCUCUCAAAAUUCAUGUAGUCCUGGUUCAGUGAUGGCCAAUCUGCGGAAGAAAACUACACCUUUUAGCAGAUUCAGUCCAGCGGAUAGUUCUUCUGCUAGCAAUGCUAAGAAUAGGACUGCUUCAAGUGGCAACAAGAGAAUGAGUUCGAUUGUUUCCCGAAAACUAAAUCAUAAGAAUUGGGAUACUCAAGUUGCCGUGGCUGAUCAGGGAGAUCUUCAGGAGGUGGAUGGAAUUUUGGAAAGAGGCAAAAUGGAUAAAAGCAAAAUUUCAAAACCAGAAAUGAAAAGGGCACUGCUAAAUAGAAGUUCUGACGAUAGAAUACACAAAUAUGGUGGGUCCAAGGCUGGAUCUCGUGUAGUUCCAUAUCAUGAAGAAAGUCAAGACUCAGUUCCUGUCAGUGUUGUCCCUAAAGAUCUCUAUAGAAAUGACAAAGAGAGUGAAGAUUUAUCGCUGAUCCGUGAUCAGUUACAUCAGAUUGAGAAGCAGCAGUCAAGUCUACUCGAUCUUCUGCAGAAAUUUAUGGGAAGCUCACAAAAUGGAAUGCGUUCUUUAGAGACUCGUGUGCAUGGUCUUGAGUUAGCAUUGGAUGAGAUCUCUUAUGAUUUGGCUAUAUCAAGUGGAAGGAUGACUAAGUCUGAUGUUCAUGGCAACACAUGUUGCAUGCUACCUGGAGCAGAAUUUUUGAGCUCCAAAUUCUGGAGGAAAACACAUGGCCGGCAUUCAAUCCCGCGGUUCUCCAGAUCAGGUGGCACCCCAUCACUCGCUGCCAUGAACUACCAAGCCGACAGGAAUGCAGAGACCAAGUUGACAAGCCACAGAUUUAGGCCUGAUGGAGGUUUUAUCACUAAUCCACUCGCAGAGAUUCAUGCAGAUUCAAGGAAUUUUGCUACAUCGGAUAUAGUUUAA